AUGGAUGGGACUGGACAAAGAGGGACGAUCAUGCAUCGAAUCGAAUCGCACACCGCAAUCCUGACACUUUUUUGCUUUCUUUCUUCUCCUCUUUCCGCUGGGCUCCGACCUAUGGAGGGGAACUUGACCACUCCGGGAGCUUGCUUUGGCAGAAAGAGGGGCCUCACGCUAGGUUAUGCACGCGACACCAGUUGCAGCAAGCCAAGUGGAAGACGAGGCGUCACCGCUUUUGACGUGUGUGCAGCUAUCCCCAGUUUACCGCCAGGCGAGCUACCCUCUUGUGAAUUUUGGGCGUUACACGAUCCAACCAUCAUGAUCCACGAUCUAUCUGCAGAUCCACUCCUCCAGGCUCCAUCCAACCGUCAAUCGCCAACCACCACUCGUUCCUAUGUUCAAAUCCUAUCCAGUGUUGAUCGGGAGAUUACCCACUAUCCUCCGAGCUUCCAGCUACUAUGUAUAUCUUCCAAACUCUCUGACUCGGUUAUUGACUCGGCUAUCAGUCGGUUUCUUGCAAAAAGCACUCAAUCGUGUGGAGUUUAUAUGCAACAAUUCCCAACCUCAACUGCAUGA